CUGCUUUGGACUGGCACGUUUGUGGCCGUGGGGGGGAGAAACAACAAAAAAAGGAAAAAACAGACUCCAGGCACAUUUUUAUUUUAUUCUGUUUCACACAGGAGGAGCUCACCUGAGACAAAGAGGGGCCGUCCUCCGUCCUCCUCCAGACAAAACUCCAGCUACAACUCGGAGCUUUUCUUCUGCGUGUGUCGUCCAGGUGCUUGUGCAGCCCCGCUGCUGCCCGGGGGGUGUGUAAGGGAGCUUGGCCCACCAUGAAGGCGCUUCUUCUCCCGCUAACUCUCUAUUGCAUCAGCCUGUUCUCGCUACAGCUCCAGGCGCUUCCUGUGGGCGACAGGUUGGACUUAAUGACAAGGCUCUCUCAGCUAAGAGAAGGAAGCCCAGAAUCUGAUCCAGGAUCUGUUGACGCUACUGCCAACCCGGUUGUACCUUUGGAUAGAACCGCCCUGUGGAGAGCCCUACUGUUUAGAAAACCACCUGCAUCAUUUGAGGAUCCAAUGAGCAUUUUCCGUGUUCCCCACACCUCUAGGCCUGUAGCAGGUGCAUCCACUGAAAAAGGGGAGGGGCCUAACCAGACAGGCCUGAGAAGCCGUCGCCAUGCCUUCAUACGGGGUCACCAUCCACAACGCCAUGGCCAGCUGAUGCGUGUAGGGUGUGUCCUGGGCACCUGCCAGGUGCAGAACCUCAGUCACCGCCUCUACCAACUGGUGGGCCAAACCGGACGUGAAGACUCCUCUCCUGUAAACCCUCGUAGUCCACAUAGCUACGGAUGAGCUCUGGACCGACCCUGGCCUAACCUGCAACCCCAGCAAGAACAGCGUUAUUCACAUCUAUCCUGCCUCUUUUUUUGGUUAUUAGUCUAUAAGUUAGAAACUGUUGCAGCACUGCUUAUUUCCCCUACUUUGUGCCUUUGCUUUUUUGGAGCAUAUACGGUGCCUUUUUUGGUCAGGAAGGAUCUUAUGUUACUGACAUGGCUAGAACUCUUCUGUUCUCUGCCCUUAAAAAACACUCUUACAUUGGCUCUUGGAUUGUUUUUUCACUCAGCUGAGCAUUUUGGACAUUCUGAUCACUCUAAUAUGAGAAAAGAAGUCUUACCUUUCCUGGACUUCUGCUCACAAGUGCCAUUCCAGACUGUGAUCUCUGGUGUGCACUACCCACCCUCUGCACAGACAAAGCAGCCUCACUUAAGGCUGUUAACUUCUACACCAGUGAUCAAACUGUCUAAGCCGUUAAUGUGGAUUUGAUCCAGGAGUGCGAUGGGAUUUCUGUCAAAUCGGUGCCAGUGCAUUCCACAAGAGACUGGUCUGUCGCUGAACCCCUUCACCUCUUCCCUCCGAACUUGCAUCCUAAGUGCCAGGGGUCUCCCCAUGACAGCAUGGGAGAAUAAUAGCCAUGCCGAGUAGACGAGACAGAUCCGAUGCAUUUGAGUUCAAGACCACCAGCAGGCGACCUCGCGACCCACAAUCAGCCUCACACAUUCAGCACUCUCAGGCUUGGUCAGUUCCACUUACGAGGACAUGUCCAGUAGACAACAGCCAAACUCAGUAGUGAAAGUUUACAUAAAGGUUUUUGUUUUAGGUAAUGCAUCAUCGUUUGUGACCAUUAUUUCUUUAGGUAAAUAGUGGGUAAAGGGUCAAGGCCUGUCCAGUAAUACAUCCAUAAAACUGUGAGGGCUGCUUAAUGAGUAGAUUAUAAUCCCUUCUGUUCUUUCCCACUAGAAUAACUCGAAUCCUGCUGGGGUUAGCUUCGUAAACAAAACCAAGGCCUUUCCAAACAUUUCCUAACAGAUAAUUAACGAAACACUCACGCGUGCACACAUGGCAAAUUAUCCCCUGCAUGAUGUAGUCGUAAAACAUAGAAAUCACAUAGUUCAUGGCAUUAAAUAGUUGAGAUUACAAUAGAGUGUCCUGUAAAACAGAAUCUCUUCAGUCUUUACUACCAUGCAUGGCCCCCUUUUAUAUGCAGAAAGAUGUUUUAAAAUGAGAGCAGGCUCAGCGAAUUCUAAAGACCUCUAUUGUUGCACUAAUUAAAGAAUAUAAAAUUAUAGUUCUACCAAAAUUUCAGAGAAGAGCGUGCCAAAUUUGUUAGUACGGUGCCAUGCCAUACAAGCCCCACAAACGCUGUAAAUGCUUGGUGUGUAUUUUAAGGAUUCCCUUUUCUCGUAAUGAUUGUGUCUGAAUUCGUGGGCGGGUGCUGGCCCCAGAAAUACCCCGCCAGUGCCUUUGGGGCGUAAAAAAACAGACCUGAAAAUAGCCAGAGGCUGAUGCCAUGGCUCGCCUUUGUUUAAAUAAACACUUAGCUGAAUGUUCAAAGGCACAUGAAGUGUUUCGUAGGUGUAAUCCUUAAGGAAGUAAUAGCCAGAAUAAUCCCAAAUCCAACUGCGGCAUCAAAGAGCCCAUUCACAGCUCCUAGUCUUAAGCAGUUAAUGAGUAUUAUUUGCGCCCAUGUUACAUAGUGAGUCCAAUUUAGUCCUUUAUUCUAUCACACCUUUCGUAAUCAUUCCAAAAGGCAGAGAAUUUACCAAAACCUGACAAUACUUGAGACUUAUUUAAUUUGCUUGAUUUGUAUCAAACUGUAAUUGACUUUUUUUUUUUUUUUUUUAAAUUAACAAUCACUGCUGCCUGACAUGGUGGUGUAUCUUGGAAGGGGCGACAUUUUUCCUACUUUCCUAGUUCUGUGAUGAUCCUAAGGGCUUGCUGUAGCUGUAUUCCUGCUUGUGUGCUUAAGGGCUGAUCUGAAAAAACAAACACCGUUUCCUCUGCUGUAAUCAUUACUAUCCAUGUCUCGUGACUGAUCAUUAAAAUGCUUUUAAAAUGCUGAGAACCUGGUGAAUCUCUGUACUUUUUAAAGAGCUUAGCGCAAGUGUGCACAAGCACCGCUACAGACCGGGCUCUGAUCCGUCCUGCGCGCUCCGACCACAGCUCUGUUUUUUUUUUUUGUUCUUCUUUUUUUUCCGUGUUGUUAUUGUGUUUAUGUACCUAUUUAUUUAUUUUGGACAACUUGCUGUAAAAUUCGUGUUGAAAUGGGGUUUUAGCGUAAUCGCUGCGUCACUGCCUGACCCUGAUCAUUCCCUGUGUACGUCUGUGUUUGUGUGAAAACGGGGCCCGCCUCUCACAGCGGCUUAUUUGUGGGACCUUUGCCCUUCACUAAAGCCUCCAUCCUUGAUCAGUAGGAGAAACACAUUGCUUCAGUUUCUCACUGCUGUUGUUGACGCCUAGGUUCCUCGGACCUUAGCCUUGUGAGGGACCUGUGAGGGACUUUUGAAGGUUAUGAAUGAUUUCCACUAGAGACUUUUGAGCGAGCUAAUGCAUAGAUUCUGCAGCCACGUGGGCCAAGACCACACUCCAGACUAACAUUUCGCCGUAUUACUAAAGGUCAGUUGGUGUUUUAACCACAACACGAAGCACUUUAUAGCAGGAAUCUCCUUUUAUGUGUUAACUUGAAACUCAGAUGAUGUAACUAAAUUAUGAUCUAUGAAACUUGAGUGCUGUGUUAAGUAAGUGUAACAAGUCUCUGUAUGAAUGUAUUAUAAAGGAUGUUAGUGAACUAAAUUAAGAAAAACAUGCUGAAAGGAGUCACUAUUAUGUACCUGUACACUUCUGUGAAUAUUAUUAGUUAUCCUAUUUAUAUAUAUAUAUAUACACAAGUCCUGUAUUUAUGUAUUUGUAUGUUACCAAAGACUUUAUUUAUCACCUGCAAUUUCCGCGGAGUGGCCUGCCGGGUAGGAAAGCAGAGUAUUCUUGAAGAAAGCCCUCCAUUUAGUUACAGUGUGUUCUACUUCAUAAUGUUCUUCUUUCUAUGUGAAAUAAAGCACUGCGUUGUAGUAAGAUGA